AUGAUGCCUGUGAACGAAGGCAACUACAUCAUUUUCCUCUGUUCGCCCCAUGUCACUAAAGUGAGAGACUUUGUGGAUUUGAAACUUUACCUCUCCGAUAUGCCAAUGUACGAUGCGACACGUGAUCUUGUCAUGCUUAAUCAGAGUCGAAUAUGCCAGAUGGAGCUCAAUAGCUUUGUUCUGAAAAAGAAACCAAUAUUGGAAGGCUGUUAG